AUGCGCUCGCGGUAUCAAGAUCUGGGCCUCUGUGAUCUGCGACAUAUUCAUACAGGCGUCGGUAUGGCCACAGCACUUCUCGAGGAAGCCACUAAGGCCUUCAAUGGUGGUCAGAUUAAGCCGACGGUGUUUGUGUUUCUGCCGACUUCUGUGGAUGGCAGUGGCCCAAUGUUUUGGGACAAGCAAGUGCUGAACUUCGCUGGUUACGAGCUAGAGGACGGCUCUAUUGUAGGUGACCCCAGUAAUGUCAAGUUAACCCAAGACAUCAUUGACUUGGGCUGGGCACCACCACGGCCCAAGACCCCAUGGGAUCUCCUACCCAUUGUUGCCGUGGCGGAAAAUGACGCACCCGCUCUUGUCGAGGUGCCAGACGACCUCCGUCGGCUGUUUGCCAUUCAACAUCCGGACUACCCCGGCUUCAAUGCACUCGGCCUCAGGUGGUACCAAUUCCCAGCUCUAAUUCGACUGGGCUUUGAUAUAGGCGGACUUCAGUACACAGCAACACCGUUUAUUGAAUGGUACAUGGAUGCGGAGAUCGGAGUGAGGAACCUUACCGACACGUUCCGUUUCGACGCCCUGUCCGAGGUGGUCAAUGCCAUUGGGUUUGUCAUCGACGCUUAUCGUGCAAAGCCUGAGUACGCAGACAUACGAGAACUGGAGGAAUCCCAGACUAUGAGCAGCUGCGGUGGCGGAGCCGCGCCCAAACCGAGCUGA